UGGCAGAGUUCCUAUUCAACUUCGACCCUCAUCUGUUUUUGUAUCAGUGAUGUUUGUGCUGUUAAAGAAGUAACAAUGCCUGUUGCGAGUUUACCAGUUCGUGACGCGCCUUUUCAUUUCCGGUUACUGCAGCAGUAUCUGCUUCUCCUGAAGAAAUAUCCAAUUCUUACCAAGUCUGUAACGAGUGGCAUCCUCUCGGCUUUAGGAAAUCUUCUGUCUCAGAUUGUGGAGGCAAGAAAAAAGGCCAGAAAUGGAGGCUUGGCCAGUGAGAUUGAUGCAGCUGGAGCGGCACGCUAUGCCAUUUAUGGGUUAAUAAUUACAGGACCGGUGAGCCAUUACUUUUACCAGCUGAUGGAGGUGUGGAUGCCCAGCACAGACCCAUACUGUAUAGUCAAACGUCUGCUAUUGGAUCGGCUUUUUUUUGCCCCUGGCUUUCUGCUGCUUUUCUACUUUGUUAUGAACAUCCUGGAGGCUAAAGGGUGGGAAGACUUUGAAAAGAAGAUGAGAAGAAGUUACUGGACUGCUUUGAAGAUGAACUGGAAAGUUUGGACUCCCUUCCAGUUCAUCAAUAUCAACUUUGUGCCUGUUCAGUUCCGUGUGCUGUUUGCCAACAUGAUCGCCUUAUUCUGGUACGCCUACCUUGCAUCGGUGAGGAAAUGAAGCCUCCCAAGAUUUCUUCACGGGAAACGAAUCUGGAGGAAAAGUCUUCUUCACUGUGUUCAUUUCUCUGGCUUGUGAAUGCCGGAGAACCGAGAUACUAUAAACUGUUCCUAAUCUGGACAAUAAUUUUCACAUACGGUAGCUCCUCUGAUUAACGUCAAACAAACCUGUUCACUAAGUUUUAAUAUGCUGCUUUGAUAUUUUGGAUACAUGACUGUUUUAAUAACAGAACUGAAUAAAUGUAGUUUAUAAUUAACUUUUUUUUACAGAACACUGUCAAAAUCUGGUGUAACAGUGAACCUUGAAUUAUUUUACUGAGACUCUUUUAAAUGUUGGAAUAAUGUAAAAUGUAUACAGUAUAUUCAA